UCUAAUAUUUGCCCAAUAAGAAAAUGUCAAAAGGCCGAUAGCAAAAAGCAAAAGCAAAAAAGGAAACAAGGGCAAAGUCACUUAAAAUUCUAUAUAAUUAAAUUUCUCAACUUUUGUACAAAUUAAAUUAUUCACCUGCAAUCAAAAUAUUGCUGAUACUAAAAACUCGAAAGGAGUAAUAUGGAUUUCCUGUUUGCUCCUCUACCAGAAACCAAUUUCCAAAUGAAUACAGAAGAGUUGCGUUUAUGGCAACGAAAUGCCAUAUUUGAGUGUGAGUGCGAUAAUUUUAUUAACAGGCGCAUUGAAGCUAGACAAAUGCACCAAGUGGUACCACAACAUCGGCCGCUCUUCGAGCUAUAUGGAAUCGAUGCUGCAAUACAGCAACAUGGAUUAAGGCUGCCGGGUGCUCAUGGUAAUAUUGAACAGCGCAAUAGCAGUAUCAAUAUCAAUCAUCGUGUAGACGACGACGAUAACCGCGCGGAUGCUAAUGCCAACAUAGCAGCACCACUUCGUCAGCGACGUAGACUUAUGGCUACAAAUGCGUCGGAUCAGGAUCGUGACAAUAUGCUCGAUAGACUUUAUCAAGAGGCUUUAUUUACAGCUUUCCGUACGCGAGGGCUAAGUGCCAUCCGAAAUCCCUAAUGCUUAUGUAGGGAUUUGUCACAUAGGGUGGGCGAAAAAGGCAGAAGUGCCGAUAAUUAGAUUUAUCUUUCAGUGUUAUAGUCAAUUAAGCGAUUUCCACAGAAUUGAAAAUGUAAUAAGUAAUUUUUAAGCAUGAUAGAAAACCCACUUUCUCAUAUAAAAAUGUAAGAGUACCUUUAAUUUCUUCAUGAUGCAAUGAUCGA